AGAAUUUUAACCACUUUUACAGUUUAGGUUAAGUGUAGCACAUGUAAACAUACGACUGUUAAAAGUAAACACUAUGGCAGACGAAACUGAAGAGAAACCUAAAAAUUUCCAUGAAAUGGAAUUAGAUGAUCGGAUAUUAAAGGCUAUAGCUAAACAAGGCUGGCAAGCACCUACUUUGAUACAGGAACAAGCCAUUCCACUGCUUUUGGAAGGUAAAGAUGUAUUAGUUAGAGCCAGAACUGGCUCAGGAAAAACAGCAGCAUUUUCAAUACCAGUAAUCCAAAAAAUUCUAAACCUUAAACAAUCAGCAACCCAUCAAGAAAUAAAGGCAUUAAUACUUGCACCUUCAAAAGAAUUAUGUCACCAAAUAUGUGGAGUAAUUAAAAGUUUGACUGUAAAAUGUUCAAGAGAAGUUAGAUGUGUAGACAUUGCACCUCAAGUUGACUUAAAUGUCCAAAAACCACUUUUGGUUGAGAAGCCUGAUAUUGUAGUAGGCACACCAGCAAGAACCUUGUUACAUUUAAAAGCCAAUAACUUAUCCCUUAAAAAAUCUCUUGAUAUGUUGGUUAUUGAUGAAGCAGAUUUGGUAUUUUCAUUUGGUUAUGAAGCAGAAAUUAAGGAACUCAUGUUGUAUAUGCCAAAACUUUACCAAGCUAUAUUGGCUUCAGCAACAUUAAGUGAUGAUGUCAAGAGUUUGAAAAGCUUAGUACUUCAUAAUCCUGUGGUUUUAAAACUAGAAGAACCUGAAGUAGCACCAGCCAGUCAGUUGACCCACUAUCAUUUGUAUGCAGAAGAAAUAGACAAAGCCACAAUUUUGUAUGCAUUGCUAAAACUACAUUUAAUUAGAGGAAAAACUAUUGUCUUUGUGAAUACAGUUGACAAAUGUUAUAAAAUUAAACUGUAUUUGGAACAAUUUGGUAUCCCUACUUGUGUGUUAAAUUCAGAGCUGCCCUCAACAAUUCGUUGUCACUCUGUAAAUCAAUUCAAUCAGGGAAUUUAUGAUAUAAUUGUUGCUUCAGAUGAAAAAGCUUUGGAGAAACCUGGAGAUGUCAAAAAUGUCAUUGAAAAAAAAUCAAAAAGACGUAAGGACAAAGAAAGUGGUGUGUCCAGAGGUAUUGAUUUCCAAUGUGUUUCCAAUGUAAUUAAUUUUGAUUUUCCUUUGGAUGUUCAGUCAUAUAUUCACAGAGCAGGCAGGACAGCUAGAGGAAAUAAUAAGGGAAGUGUAUUAUCAUUUGUUAGUGUUAAAGAAAAAGAAUUGCUUGAUAAAGUAGAAACUAAAUUAAAGGAAGGACAAGAAGAUACUUCAGUGUUCAAAACAUACCAAUUUAAAUUAGAAGAAGUUGAAGCAUUCAAAUAUAGAGCAAAAGAUGCAUGGAGGGCUGUGACCAGAAUUGCAGUCAGAGAAGCAAGAUUAAAGGAAAUUAAAAUGGAAAUAUUCAAUUCACAAAAAUUGAAGAGUUAUUUUGAAGAUAAUCCAAAUGAUUUACAAAUUUUAAGACAUGAUAAAGCUCUUCACACAGUAAAAGUACAACAGCAUUUAUCUGAUGUUCCAGACUACAUUGUUCCUCCAUCUUUGAAGAGUUUAGCUGGAAUAUCAAGACAUAACAAAAGAAAACGAGAUCACUAUCGCGCUACAGAUAGUGCCGCAACUAAAUUUCAGUUAAAGAAGAGUAAUCCUCUCUUGAGUAUGGAAUUUGAAGGGUUUAGCAAAAAGAAAAAGAAAUGAUUUUGUAAUACUUAUUAUUGUUAAUAAUAAAACACAUAAUUUUA